CUCCUCGUCCAAGCCAUGGAGGCGGCCAUGAUCCCCUUGAUCAAGAAGCUCCGUGGCCUGCUCGCAAACGAGUACAACCUGGAGAAACGCGUGAGGAAAGGCGUGAAAUCUCUCAUCACGGAGUUGGAGAUGAUGCACGCGGUUCUAAGCAAGAUCGGCACCAAGCCGGCCGAGCAGUUGGACGAGCAGGUCCUCAUGUGGGCGGGCAAAGUGAGGGAGCUCUCCUACCGCAUGGAGGACGCUGUCGACGGUUUCCUCGUGCGCGUGGAGGACGUCGGCCAUGAUCAUGGCUCCAACAACAUGAAGAACAGAGUCAAGAAGUUCCUCAAAAGGGCUACCAAAUUGUUUACCAAGGGUAAGGCUCUUCAUCAGAUUUCCAAUGACAUUGAAGAAGCUCAGUGGCUCUCCCAGGAGUUGGGUGACCUGCGCCAAAAGUAUAUGAGUGACGCGGACACCAAAGGUAAUGGUGAUGCCAUUGACCCUCGCCUCAAGGCGGUGUACAAAGAUGUCACAGAGCUUGUUGGGAUAGAUCACAUCAGAGAUGAGCUGAUCGAGAAGCUGUGUGACGGCAAUGAGAGGUCCAAGGACCAAUUAAGGACCAUGUCUAUUGUUGGAUUUGGCGGACUGGGCAAGACAACUGUGGCCAAAGCAGUGUAUGACAAGAUCAAAGUGCAGUUUGAUAGUAUUUUCAAGAAGAUCUUAUAUGAACUUGACAAGAGCAAGUAUGCUACCAUCAACGAAGCUGCUAGGGACCAUGAACAACUCCUCGAUGAAUUGAGGAAUUUUCUUCAGGAUAAGAGGUACCUUAUUGUAAUUGACGACAUAUGGGAUGAAGAAGCAUGGGGAUUGAUCAAGUGUGUUUUCUCCAACAACUACCUUGGUAGUCGAGUAAUGACUACCACCCGCAUUGGCAGUAUCUCUGAAGCAUGUUGCUCUUCUGGUGAUGAUAUAAUAUAUCAGAUGAAACCACUUACUGAUGAUCACUCCAAAAGACUCUUCUACAAAAGAAUAUUUCCUCAAGGAAUUAAGUGUCCCGAUGAGUUGGAGAAGGUAUCUAGAGAAAUCUUAAAAAAAUGUGGUGGAGUACCACUAGCCAUAAUCACUAUUGCUAGUAUUUUAGCUAGUAAUGGUCAAGAUCAACAGAUAAAGCCAAAGUAUCAAUGGGACAACAUACUUGGCUCUAUUGGUCGUGGACUUGCAGGAGGUGGAGGUGCAAAGGACAUGCAGAGAAUAUUGUCCUUUAGUUAUUACGAUUUACCUUCUCAUUUGAAGACUUGUUUAUUAUAUCUCAGUAUAUUUCCAGAGGAUUUUGAGAUAAGGAGAGACCGGCUGAUAUGGAUGUGGAUAGCCGAGGGCUUUGUGCAAGGUGGAGAACAAGAAACUGGACUAUUUGAGCUUGGAGAGAGUUACUUCAAUGAGCUCGCAAAUAGAAACUUGAUUCAACCAGUACAUGUUGAUGCUACCGAAGGUUGUGAUCUUGGGAGAAAUGGCCAUGAUGUUGAUCUCAGGUAUAUUGACAAUUUAUUACACCUAAGGUAUCUAGGGCUCAGAAGCACUUUUGUUCGUGAGCUCCCUGUGGAAGUAGGAAAGCUACAGUUUUUGGAGACACUCGACUUAGCAGAAAAUGGAUCAAGUAUACGAGUGAUUCCGCCAAGUGUUGUCCGUCUAAAAUGUUUGAUAUUCCUAGAUGCACAAGACGCGGUGUUACCCGUUGGGAUCGGGAACCUGACGUCCCUAGAAGAGCUGACUGGAAAAUUGGUGGAUGUGAAAGAGCUAGGGCAACUGGUCAAGCUGAGAGUGCUCUACCUUUGCUGGAAUGGGAGCGAUGAGAGUGUGUGUAAUUCUUUGGUGGAGUCCCUGAGCAAGCUGCAGAAAAUGCAGAGUCUAACAAUUUUCGGUUGUGCAUGGCGUGCAAGGUCUGAUGUCAGCUGGGAUGGCUUUGUGCCCACCCCACAGCUUCGAGUGUGCGAGUUCUUUGGUUUUCUCACGGGGCCAUCUAUGUUUCCACGAGGAGCAAUGCCAAGGCUUGAAAUCCUGGGGUUCCGUGCUGAGUGGUCGGAUAUUGCCAGCGGUGAGCUGGAUGUCGGCAUGGGACACACCUCCCUUCCCUUCAGAAAGUCAGCGUUGCACUUUGUUAUGGGAAAUCCAGCUCUUCCGUGA